AUGGUUAAAAAAGCUAUCGCAGUUCUUCGACCUGAUCAACCAAAUGGCACUGUUAACGGUACAAUCAUUUUUACUCAGGAAGGUGAAGAAGUUAAAGUUGAUAUAGAUAUUAAAGGGCUUCCAGCCGGAAACAACCUGCAUGGAUUUCAUAUUCAUGAAUUCGGUGAUAAUACUAACGGAUGUACCUCUGCUGGACCCCAUUACAAUCCACUUAAUGUCAAUCAUGGUGAUAAAGGAGAUAAAAUACGUCAUGUUGGUGAUUUGGGUAAUGUUAGAGCUGUGGAUGGUUGUGUUAAAGAACAAAUCAUCGACAAUCAAAUCAACGAUCUUGGGAAAGGUGGUCACGAAUUUUCUCUUACUACUGGUAAUGCUGGUAAACGCCUUGCCUGUGGUGUUAUUGGUAUGCUUAUUAAAUCAUGUGCAUUAUUGUUUUUUAUUGAUCUCUAUUACUUGGACUAA